CAACAAUUUCCAAAUCCACCUGCCCACGCUAUUCCGAUCUCUCUGGCAGAAUAUUGAUCGACGCACCUUCUUCAUCCCUGGGUGUUCUCUUCCAACUACACUCAUCUUCUUCAUCCUUCAAGUGUUCUCCAGAAGAUGAUGAAUUUGACGUUCUAAACUGGUGGAAGGGAAAAGAAAGAAUGUUCCCUGUUUUAGCAAAGAUGACUAAGCAAGUGCUAUCAAUGCCGGUUUUAGCAAACAGUUGCCGUGGAACAAGAAUUCAGUUCGCCGGCAACGUCCUUACGCAAUCUAGAACGAGCUUGAGCGCAGAAUCUCUUGAGACGCUUAUAUGCUACCACGAUUGGUUGAAGGCGGCCUGUAGAGCUCAAGAAAUGAGCAUCACUCAUUCCCAACACUUUAUGGAUGAAUCAACAACCGAUGGUGGCUCUACCUAUGUCGGAGAUUCCGAUUGAUUAGUAUUUGAAAAUUUAUUAUAAAAUGUAUUUCAUAUUUUUAAUUUAUCCUUCAAUUCUCAAUUGUAAUUUGUAAAGGGGUUUGUCCUCAAAUAAUACUAAUUAAAACCAUUUGGACAAAAAGAGACUUUUCUUUUAAGUUCCAAAAAUAAGACUGAAUAAUACUUA